CCCGGCAGCUGCCGGCUGGGAACCCCCCCUGCCCUGGGGGUUUGGGGGGGGGGGGGGGGAGGGAGGAGAGAGGACGUGACAGGCGGAGCGGCCGGACACCGGAGGGCCAUGGUCGGCCCCCGGGGACAGGAGAGCCAGGGCCCCCAGCAGGUUGAAACAAGAGAAGAUGAGGAACAAAACAUCAAGUUGACUGAAAUUUUGGAACUGUUGGUGGCUGCUGGGUAUUUCCGAGCAAGAAUCAAAGGGUUAACACCCUUUGACAAGGUUGUAGGUGGCAUGACGUGGUGUAUCACUACUUGCAACUUUGAUAUCGACGUUGAUUUAUUGUUUCAGGAAAACUCUACUAUUGGUCAAAAAAUUGCCUUAACUGAAAAAAUUGUGUCAGUAUUGCCAAAAAUGAAGUGUCCUCAUCGUUUGGAACCACAUCAGAUCCAGGGACUGGAUUUCAUUCACAUAUUUCCUGUUGUACAGUGGCUGGUAAAACGUGCAAUAGAAACAAGGGAGGAAAUGGGAGACUAUAUCCGGUCUUACUCUAUAGCACAGUUUCAAAAAACACACAGACUUCCAGAGGAUGAUGAAUUUAUGCAAAGAAAAGAGAAGGCCAUCAAAACGGUUACUGAUAUCUUUGAGGUUUACAAACCCCAGAGAAAAUAUAAGCGUCAGAAAGGAGCUGAAGAACUGCUAGAUGAAGAAUCAAAGGUUCAUGCUACGCUUUUGGAAUAUGGCAGGAGGUAUGGAUUUAGCAGGCAAGCAGGAAAAACAGAACAGGCUGAAGAUAAAAAAGUUGUGCUACCUUCAGGGCUUGCAGCAUCAGGAAAAGCUGAGCCUUGUGAUGAAGAUGACCUUCAAGCUGCUGAAGAGCUUCGCAUUAAAACUCUGAUGACUGGAAUGGCUGCAAUGGCAACAGAAGAGGGCAAAUUGACAGCAAGCACAGUAGGACAGAUAGUUGGACUCCAAUCAGAUGAGAUCAAGCAAAUAGUGUCUGAAUAUGCUGAAAAGCAGUCUGAGCUUUCUGCUGAGGAGCGACCAGAAAGGCUUGGAGCUGCCCAACAGCACAGAAGGAAGGUGGCAUCUUUGAAUAAGCAGAUUUUGCAAAAAACCAAACUCCUGGAAGAGUUGCAAGCUAAAUGUGCUGAUCUGCAGGCAAAAUGUACCGAAGCAAAAAAGGCAUUAAGCGAGGUCAAGAGUUAUAGUGAAAAGCUGGACAAGGAAUUGGCAGCUUUAGAAGCAAUAGAAUCCCAAGCAGAUUCUAGCAUAUUACAAAAUCUGCGAGCACUGGUGGCCAUGAAUGAAAACCUCAAAAGUCAGGAGCAAGAAUUCAAAGCACAUUGUAGGGAAGAAAUGGAGCGUCUUCAACAAAAUAUUGAGAAUCUGAAAGCUGAGGCAGCGGAAAGUGGGGAGGAAGAGGAGCCGAAUAAGCUUAUAGACCAGCAGUACAAAACUGAGAAAGAUAAACUUCAAAAGAUCCGGCUAUUAUUGGCACGAAGAAACAGAGAAAUAGCGAUAUUACAGCGCAAGAUUGAUGAAGUACCCAGCCGAGCUGAGCUAACACAAUAUCAGAAGAGAUUUAUUGAACUUUACAGUCAGGUCUCAGCAACUCACAAAGAAACAAAACAGUUCUUUACUCUUUAUAAUACACUGGAUGAUAAGAAAGUAUAUUUGGAAAAGGAGGUUAAUUUACUAAAUUCUAUUCAUGACAACUUUCAUCAAGCAAUGGCAUCUUCUGGUUCUCGUGAGCAGUUCUUACGGCAGAUGGAACAGAUUGUGGAAGGUAUCAAACAGAAUCGAAUGAAGAUGGAAAAGAAGAAGCAAGAAAACAAAAUGCGAAGAGAUCAGUUGAAUGAUGAAUACUUGGAGCUUCUAGAGAAACAGAGGCUUUACUUUAAAACAGUGAAAGAAUUUAAAGAGGAAUGUCGUAAGAAUGAAAUGCUGCUCUCCAAGCUGAAAGCUAGCUCCUCCUGAAUGUCUCCAGCUGGUGAAGUUUAUACAUGAUUGUUCAGUCCAUACAUCAAAUUUCUUUUGCAAAGUGAUGGUUAAAAAUGCAAUUGUAGAUAUAUAUAUAUAUAUACAUAAAAAAAUUAUAUAUACAAAAAAAUAUAUAUAUACAGACAGCUGUAAAGUCUGGGUUUCUUUUCAGCAUGUACUCUUACAUUCCUUCAUCAAAUGGCCACGUUAUUCAUUAUUGCCUCCAGUACACAGUAAAGAGUUAAUGCAGUACAGCAAAAUAGAAAUAUUUAUUGUUUGUUUUUCACAGUAAGGACAAUUAAGAUGACUUAUAUUUGGGUUUUAACACUGAAGUACAUCAAAACUCUGGAAUAAGUAGAUAUGGGCUAUUUAAUAUCUUCAGUACCAUAAGAUGAGCACUGCAGGAUGCAAUAGCUUGUUAAUUUUGGCCAAAAAUAAACACGAAAAAUGGUUCUUGAAACUCUUCACCAGCUAAUAACUCCGUAUUAUUUUAAUUUACACUCCUAGCUAUAGAUAAGAUUCCAAAGGAUAAAAAUCAAUUUCUAAUUGUUAAGACAAAAGAAAAUGGAAACUUACCUUGGAUAAUUCCUCAUGUAAAACUAUAGAUCUAUAUUUUUAUAAAGUCUAGUUGUUGUAUAAAUUUCUUUGACAUUUCAUUUUUAUAUAUAGAGUAUGUGCUUGUUAAAUUAAUAGCUCCAGGAAAAAACACCCUAAUCCCUAGGACCAUCGCAUUAUCCCUAUUUGGGAUGAAAAUGAAAGUCUGUGUCAGCUGUAACAUAGGAAGAUAAAGAUUCAGACUUUCUACUCAAACUGAUGCUCACCUUUGAAGACAACAACCUAUCUACCCUGCUGAAGAUUUGCCCUUGAAAGUUUAGAAACUUUGUGGAACACUUUCUGAAACACUUUUAUAUCUGUAUAUACAGUAUUUUAUAAUUCAAGCAGUUGCUUUUUGUACUUAACAUCAGGAUUUUGGACUGACUUAAUGUACAUCACACAUUUUGUUCAGGAAAAGGAAAACCACAUUCUUCUUCCCCAGUAACAUUGACACUGCUGUUAGAUUACUUUCUAUGGCAGCACAUAUAAAAUAAAAAGAUGUUUAGAAUCCA